AACGCCAGAAGUGCUUUCCGCUGCCGUUCCACUUUUUCUCUUUUCUGCUUUCCCGUUUCGCUCUUAGUGUGGACCCGAUUCCCUGACCCGCCACCCUUUUUCGACCCAGUUCGUGACUCGGCCAUCAUCACGCACCCCUUCUCCUUCAUCCUCGGUAUUCCCAUAAAUCCCACAAAUGGGUACGUCAAUAAAGUCAAAGCACAAACCUUUAAGUAACUUUAGUUGUGGAUGUUUCUCUGAAACCCGCCUCUUCUUUCAACUCUGUGCCAAUGUUCGAGUCCUUGGAAACCGACGCAAAUAGUUUGAGCAUGACAGAAGCCAAACCCGACACAGGAAUCGGGUCGGAUCAGAACCCGGUUCCGGGGAUAAGGAAGGUGGGUUCGAGAGCUGAAAUCGAUACCACGCCACCGUUCGGGUCGGUCAAGGAGGCUGUGACCCGUUUUGGAGGAAGUGGACCAUGGAUACCCCUUUACAAGCUUGGAGAAGCUUAUAACAGCAUUGAAGAGUUAGACAUAAAGAAAGUGGAGGAAGAAGCAGCUAAGUUGGAAAAAGAUUUGAUAGUGAAAGAACUUGAAACACUAGAUGUGCUUGAAGAACUCGGAGCUACGAAAACAAUUUUGGAGGAAUUAAAGCAGCAGCUACAAACAGAAGCAUUGAAAUGUUUUGCAACUCCAUGUAUAAAUUCGCAUGAACAGGUUGGAACUCCUGUUAAAAAUUGUGUAAGCAUUGUAAAAAAUGAAGAACAAAUAUUGCAAAGUCCAAGCCCCUUUGCUACUACAUCAUCACCUGAUGAUUUUUUAAUGGAGUUAAAACAAGCUAAGAUGAACCUUAGUAAAACUAUCAAUGAGCUUAGGAUGAUACAGUCUUCUGUUGAAUCCUUGAAUAAGAAGAUCAAGAGGGAGAGGGUUUUUCUUGAGAGGACACGCGGCGAGCUAGCAUCAAAGUUUGCAGCUGUUUCUGCUCAAGAAGUAGCCCAAAAAGAAGAAAGGUUAAAGCCACCACCAGCUCCUAUAGGAACAAAUUGCACUUUUCAUAAUCCCCUAAAUGUUGCAAGGAAUUUCAAAUUUGAUGCUGGACAGUACAAUGGAAUGGUUGAAACAAGAAGCUCUGAAGUUUCAAAGCCUUUGUGUGAGUAUGGAGAGAAUGGAUUUAGCAUAAAUACUGCUGAGAUGAGGUGGUUUGCAGCUAAAAAGAUGGAAGAAGCCGCAAUGGCUGCAGAAGCUGUUGCUCUUGCUGAAAUCAAGGCUCUAUCUAGUGCUGAGAUAUCAUCAGAAUUCGCGUUGCCUUCUCAUCAUAAAGUGACUUUUGCUUUAGAGGAACACUCUCCUCUAAAUUCAAUUGAUCAAAUACCUCAGGAGCCUACCUUCAAAAAGGUUAUUGGGGAAAUAAGUUCUUCUAAAUUGACAAUUUUGAAGAAAUUGGAAGAAGCAACCAAAGAAGUUCUACAUAGCAAACAAGUCUUGAAUGAGGCUUUAAACAAUAUUGAAGCUGCAAACAGAAAACAAAGUGCUGCUGAAGAGGCUCUACGAAGAUGGAUUCCUGAGGAUGAACUGAAUGGACAGGAAGUGUAUAACUCUAUAAGGUGCAACAAGUUCAAUGAAGCUGGAAAUUGUCCAGAUUCUCAUAUAAGGGAUGUAACCAGGUCAACAACCCUUAAAAAUGAUCAAAAGCCAAUUUUAAGGUCUUCAAUUUCAAUGAGAGAUGUACUUAGUAAAAAGCAAGUUCCUGAAGAGUAUUCUACAACAAAGGAGAUGGAAGAGCAUACUGAAAGGAAGGUAGCAUUGAGUCAAAUGCUUCAAGCAUUGAGAGAGGAUCUAACUCUACCAACAAUACCGGAGAAAGAUGAGAACAAUCAAAAGCAGUUCAUAUCACAGAGGAAGAAGUUUGGAUUCAUCCAAAUAUCACUCCCCUUGAGAAAGAGAAGUAAAAAAAGGGACUGAAUUUAAUCCUAAUGCCUAUGCGUGCAUCAAUGUCUUGCCUUUUUCUGUCUGUUCUUUAUUGAUUCUUAUUUGUAUCUGUUUUUUUGUCAGACAUAUAGAGUUUGUGACUGUUUGAUUUUGUAAACUAUGUUUUUCUUGCAUAAUUGUCUUACUUAACACAACUAGCUUAGCUUUAUCGAGGCUAGUAGAUUUUGUGCAUUUUUAAAUUCAUGUUUGAAUGACUUUGAAUUCACGUUUAUUUUAACAUUAUUAG